AUGGAGAAGUACGAUCAAGAUUCCGUUGUUGCGAUCAUCGGGGUGGGAUAUGUUGGCGAACAUCUCAUGGAAGUCUUCUCUUCCGCAUUCCAGGUUAUCGGAUACGACGUCUCGGCUUCCCGGAUAGAAAGAUUGCGAUUGAAGCACUCACAGAGAGACAAUGUCAAAUUCUCGACCGAUGAGAGGGAUUUGAAGGAUGCGGCACACUUUCUCGUUUGCGUACCGACCACCCUGGGAUUGAGCGGCCAAGUAGACUCUUCACAUGUCCGCAGCGCGAUAGACAUGCUACAACGCUACGCAACCAGCAAAUCGAUAGUAGUCAUAGAAAGUACCGUCGCCGUCGGCAUGACAAGAACUCUCCUUGGGCCGCUGGCCGGAUCCCGCGGCAUCCUUGCGGGGAUGUCACCAGAGAGGAUCGACCCAGGCCGAAUCGAGCCGCCGCCUAAAUCAAUACCAAAGGUCGUCUCGGGGCUCGACGACAUUGUCCCGGGCUCGCUGGAUGCCAUUGUACGAUUGUAUGAGACGGUCUUCGACACUGUCAUCCCUGUCAGCAAACCCGAAGUCGCGGAAAUGUCAAAAUUGCUUCUCGUCGUCGGAGUCGGUUUCAAGCCUGGCCAGUCGGACCUGUCACAUUCACCUGGCCUGCAGUUGCUGAACUACAUGCGACAGUCGGGAGAGGUAGAUCUCAUGUUUUGCGAUCCUCUGGUGAACCAGGAGGCGAUACCCGAAGUAUCAAGAUUGGAAGAAGGUUCUUGGGAGCCCGACGCCUUGAGAUCGUUUGACGCCAUCGUUGUAGCGGCGAAACAACCUGGCUUAGACUACACAGUUCUGGAAACCUUGGCAGAUGUGCGGAUUGAAGUCUGGAACCGAUGA